GUGUCAAAGUCUAGACUAAGUCCUCCGGGGACUUCCAAGCGAUAAAACAUCUUCCUAGAAUAUGUCUCUGAAAAAUGCCCGGAAUACUGAAUGGCCAUUCCAAUAGCUCUCUCCACUUGUCUCCUUAAUAAACCUGAUUGACAGGAAAACCCGCGAGCACGCGCAGAAAAUGUUUAGCUAGUUCUCGUGUUGCUUCUUCCCCUCCUCCCCUCAUUGUUACGGCUACCAAAGGCGAAAGUCUUCUUUCCUUCCCUUUCCUCGUCGGUGACGUUCAUUCUUCCCUCGCUACGGGCUGGCUUUGCGCAUGCGCAGCCGUUCUGCGGGUGGCGGAGGCUAACUGCGGAGGGGGAGGGGAAACAGAACGUUACGCCACGCCACACGGCGGGACAGGACCGAACGUAGAAGGCGGGGUCACGAACUCUGACCUCCCAGAUCCGGAGCCGCCACCGACAAAUAAACCCCGAAGAGCUACAGCUGCGCCUGACAGGUAAGAGGAGGGGAGGGCGGGGAGAGAGAGCCGAAGCGCCGCCGGUGGUAUCCCAACUCAGAGAGGCCUUCCCUUCCUUCGGUUCUUGGCUGGCGAGGCGUCGUCGUGGUGGUGGUGCUGCCUAAUUGCGGCCUCUUCCGUGCCCUGCAGUGGCAGGAUGCCGUUAUGCAUGUGCUGGGCGGUAGAAGUAGUUCCUCCUGGUGUCGCCGCCGCCGCCCCUCUGACCUUUCACCCACAGGAAAGGCUUGUAUCUCCCCUCCCCGGAUCCUAGCCGCGCCCCGGGGCCUUUUCUUCAUUAUGGACCUCGCCCUCAGGUUUAUGGGAACGCGAUGGAAUUGGAGUUGGAGUCGGCCCGGUCGUUACUUAGGCUGCCGCUUUGCUGUGUGGAAAGGCUUCGAAGCGUUGCAGCCGGGCCUCCGCAGCAGCCAUUUUGUGUCGGCGAGUGACAGCGGGCUUGGUGCCUCCCUCCGACUGGUUGACGGACGGACGGCUCCCCGGGUGGGCUCAGUACUUGAGGCCUGUUAUUCAAAACUCCAGAGGAAGUGGGCUAAUCCCUUCCUGUAUCGAUGAACGUUGGUGGAUACAACGGCAACAGCACACCCAUCAACCAGUUUGCACCUUAGAUGUCACUGACUGACCCCUUUCCUAAUUUUUCCUGAUAAUGUUGAUUUUACACACAGUUAACUCCUCUCUCCGAGUGCAAGAAAUACUCUCGGUCUGUAGAGGUACAUUAUGUUGAAGGGAGAGUAACCUCUGUUCUUAAUUUUAAAAGAUUCAGCUUAAUUUGCUAGUUCUUUUAUCCCAAAAUUUUGAGUAAUGGUAUAAAAGAUUUCUUUCUGAUUCAUCAAUCUAUUUUUAUGCACAGUGUGGGAUCAUAAUUACGCCAAAACACUUUCACUAUAAUUUAAUUAAAUUCUCCGGCUGAUGAGUUAAUCUUUGGAGUCUCCAAAUAAUGAUUAUGCAUACAGGAACUGAAGUAUAACAUUAUACCUAUGGGAAUACUGAUGAUUCAGAAUCAUGGCAACUAUUGAGGAAUUGGCCCAUCAAAUUAUGGAACAACAAAUGGGGGAGAUAACACACUCCCAAGGAUCUGUUACACAGACAUUAAUGGACGGAACAGCACAAAGAAUUCAGAUUGUUCCUGCUGAUGCAGGACUUUCCUUACCACAGCGGAUACAGAUCGUUACAGAUCAACAGACAGGGCAGAAAAUUCAGAUUGUGACAGCACUCGAUCAGACUGCAACAAGCAAGCAGUUCAUUUUAACAAAUCAUGAUGGUUCUACCCCAAGUAAAGUGAUCCUUGCAAGACAAGAUGCUACACCAGGAAAGGUUUUUCUGACAACUCCCGAUGCUGCAGGAGGCCAACUGUUUUUUACGUCCCCAGAUAUAUCAGCACAGCACAUUCAGAUUUUGACAGACAAUUCUUCAACAGAGCAAAGCUUAAAUAAAGUAUUUGAUCUCUGUGUUGUUUGUGGAGACAAGGCUUCAGGACGCCAUUAUGGAGCAGUGACCUGUGAAGGUUGCAAAGGAUUCUUUAAAAGAAGUAUACGGAAGAAUUUAGUGUAUUCAUGUCGGGGAACAAGAGACUGUGUGAUUAACAAGCAUCAUAGAAACAGAUGUCAGUACUGUAGGUUGCAGAGAUGUAUUGCAUUUGGAAUGAAACAAGACUCUGUACAGUGUGAAAGAAAACCUGUUGAAGCAUCACGAGAAAAAUCUUCAAAUUGUGCAGCUUCUACAGAAAAGAUUUAUAUUCGAAAAGAUUUGCGAAGCCCACUUACAGCAACUCCCACUUUUGUAACAGAUAGCGAAACAGCGAGAUCAACAGGAAUGUUGGAGUCUGGAAUGUUUGUUAAUAUUCAUCAGUCUGGAUUAAAGAAUGAACCUGCAGUACUGAUGACUGCAGAUAAGGUUGAAACGUGUCAAGGAGAUUUAAGUACUUUAGCAAAUGUUGUAACUUCACUAGCAAAUCUAAAUAAGUCCAAAGAUAUAUCUCAAAAUAGUGAUGAUCUGUCAAUGAUAGACAACUUAAGCAAUGGAGAUGCAUCAUUAUCAGAGCUUCAGCAAGAUGAACAUGCAAGUGCUGAUGUUACAAGGGCAUUUGAUACUCUUGCAAAAGCAUUAAACCCAGGAGAAAGUACACCAUGUCCAAGUUCUGCAGAAAGUAUGGAAGCAAGUGCACAUCUAGCUGGAGAAGAAGCAAGCAUGAAUAUUGUUGAAAUAGAAGGCCCACUACUAACCGAUGUUCAUGUAGCUUUCCGGCUCACCAUGCCUUCACCUAUGCCUGAAUAUUUGAAUGUUCAUUAUAUUUGUGAAUCAGCUUCCAGAUUGCUUUUCUUAUCUAUGCACUGGGCCCGUUCUAUUCCUUCCUUUCAAGCUUUAGGGCAGGAUAAUAGCAUAUCGUUAGUAAAAGCCUGCUGGAAUGAACUUUUUACACUUGGUUUGGCACAGUGUUCACAAGUAAUGAAUGUAGCAACAAUCUUAACUGCAUUUGUUAAUCAUCUUCACAAUAGUUUACAGCAAGAUAAGUUGUCAACAGAUAGAGGAAAACUAGUGAUGGAGCAUAUCUUCAAACUUCAGGAGUUCUGCAACAGCAUGGUGAAGCUUUGUCUUGAUGGUUAUGAAUAUGCUUAUUUGAAAGCAAUUGUCCUCUUCAGUCCAGAUCACCCAGGCUUAGAAAAUGUGGUACAGAUUGAAAAAUUUCAAGAAAAGGCAUAUAUGGAAUUCCAGGAUUAUGUAAUGAAAGUAUAUCCCGAUGAUACCUACAGGCUCUCUAGGCUACUUCUCAGAUUGCCGGCUUUAAGACUGAUGAGUGCAGCUAUCACAGAAGAACUGUUUUUUGCAGGACUAAUUGGAAAUGUUCAGAUUGACAGUAUCAUACCAUAUAUUCUACGAAUGGAGACUGCAGACUACAACUCUCAAAUAAUUGGUCAUACUAUAUAAAAAAAAAUUAAACCAGUUUCUAUACCAUGGCAAUCGUGGUGAUUUAAAUGUACAUUAUCUCCAAGAGAUAAAAAAAAAAAAAAGUUUUCCUGUGAAGGCAUAGCACGAAAAAUAAAGGAAGGUGCUAAUUCUUCUUUAGCAAUUCAUUUGAAAAACACAAUGGAAUAUCUUCAGUGGUACAGGAUGACUUAGCUUUUAUCUGAUUUUCAAGAACUUUGUACAUUUCUGAUAAUUAGUGAAAAUCAAGAAGUGUAGUUCAUCCUAUUUUUGUAGCUUAGCUAUACAUGGAACUUGUGAACUCCAAGCAAAUACACAUAAGUUAACCUUUGAUAAAGAGAAGCUUCAUAAAAACAUUUCAACCUGAUACUAGGACAAAUAAAUUUCUUUUCCAAAUAUUCUGGAUUCAGUAUCUUGUUUCUACAAGUUUACUUUUGUCAGUUUUAUUUCUCCUUUCAUUUCUGAUGAGACAGAGUUUCAAUUCUGGAUAACUCCUACUUUUUUCAGAAGUUAAUUUUUUAUUCAGAAACAGGUGAUUUUGGAGUUACUUAAAACAGGGCUUUAUCUCAUGUUACUGUUCCAAAUCAGUGAUUACAUGCAGUAAUUGUUAUGUUCAGAGUUUUUAGUAGUUGCCAAGAUUUCAGAGUAAAUAUAAUCCUAGAUAUUUUAAUCACAUCAAGAAUUGUUAUUUUCUAACUCCUGUUAUUUAUAAAUGCAAGAUAAUUUGUCACUGUGAUUAUGCUUUAAUAAUGUUUAUCCACAUGUAUCUAGGUAAAUUUGGAAGUUUAUUGAAUUUCAUUGUAUGCAACUCUAUGAAACAAUACAUUCAGCCACAUCCAGUAUUAUGUGAGCAAUGAUGCUUGCACUGUGUUCCCUCUCUCCUUUUCUAUAUCCUUGUGUAUCCCAGGUUUGCUCCCUUAUCUUAAACCUGGAGCAAAUUUGGGAAGAAUAUAGAGAAAGUGAAAGAUGACAGUAGAAUUUUUCCCCAUUGAUACUGUUCCACCAUCAGAAUUACCCUAAUGAAUAAAAUUACCACUUUUAUUGGAAAUGAAUUUAUUAAAUUCUGUGUCCUUUAAGAUUUAAGUUUCAGGUUUUCAUUAAAGAAUUCAGAUAAAAUUAAUUUUUUUUGAAAAGGCAAUAAGUGAAUAAACAAGUAAACAUUGAUGAAAUAUAUGUAUUGCAUACUAAAUGGUAUGUUGUUCCUAAAUAGCAGUGAUUGCACUAGAAUCCUUAUUUCAUAUUUUAUGUUUCCAUGUUUGAGUUUGCUACUUUGUAUUUUCAGCUUUUGAAAACUUUUCCCAGUGCACCUUUCAGAUUUAUUAAAAGUGUGGUUUUUCAUUAGUUGUUUAGUAAAGGUAGUAGAGUUCACCAUAUUACUACACCACACGAUACUGAUACAGUGGUGUUCUGUCAAUUCACCCUUACUUUAGAUAUUCUUAAUCAGCAAUUGAACCAUCUCUAUCAAAUUAUGGGCUCUACUAAUUAAUAAAAAGGAGUUUAUGUAAUAUGACAGGUAAGAUUAUUUACUUGAAGGUUCUAAAAUUAUUUGACUACAAAGGGAUAUAUUUUAUAUAUUUCAUAAUGAAACACCUAAUAAUGAAUUGAUUAGUUAAUUUUUUUAUGCACACAAAAUAUAUGCAUACACUUGGGCACAUGCAGAAAUUAAUCAUAUCUACAGUUGUGGUAGCUUUUGCUGUAUUUUUGGCAACAUCUUACAUAUAUAACUUGUCCUGUUUUAAAGCAUAUUUAAAAAUCAUUUGAAUUGCACACCUCCCUAAAUGGUGUCUGUAAAUCUGUUCUGCAGUCAGUAGAAAUUUUCUGAAUUCCAUUCCAAUUUUUCAUUCGUUUUAGUGAUUCACUUGUAGUGUACACAUCAUAAUGUCCCAAUUACUACCUUAUUGUGUAAAUAUACUGUUGUAAAUGUCUUUAAACUUAAAGAAGUGUAAAUUCUAUUUUGGCUGUAUUUUUAAAAAAUAAAUUGUAACUUUUAUUAUAGAA